CGACACACAUCGUAGAAGAAGAAUCAAUCCCGGAAGUGUAGUAGCUGAAGCUUUGCAGGACAACAACCUCUACUUUUACUUUUGUAUUCGUUGUAUAUUGUUUUAUUGUCGGUUGUGUCUUUCCUGCAUGUUGAGGCAACACAGACACGAGUCACUUUAAAGUCUGAAUACUUUUACAAAUUCAGGAUGGAAAAGUUGAUCACUUGUUUCAAGAAAAGGCCAGAGGCUGUUGCCAGGUUGAUCUGCUUCCCCUGGGCAGGUGGAGGCUCCAUACAUUAUGCACGCUGGGGGAACGUCCUUAACAGCUCCAUAGAAGUGCUUUCUGUCAGACUUCCAGGACGUGAAAGUCGGGCCAAAGAGCCUUUCUUUGAGAACAUGCAGCAAAUUGUGGAUGAGGUUCUUCAUUUGUUAUUGCCAGUGCUCAAAGAGAAGCCAUUUGCUCUAUUUGGCCACAGUUUUGGUGCUCAUACAAGCUAUGCUGUUGCAGAUGCUCUGAAGAAACUGCACAAUAUUGAGCCAGUUCAUAUUUUCCUUUCUGGUGCACCUGCACCUUAUUCUGAGACUCGGAUCCAAACCACAAAGAGAAGUGACUUAUCAGACAAGGACUUUCUCAAGUGGCUGGGUUCGAUCGGGGGAACUCCGCCUGAGCUUCUGGCCAACCCCGAAGUUCUGCAACUGUUCCUUCCUGCGCUUAAAGCUGACCUACAUGUUGUCGAGAACUACAAGUGUAACACGGCAUUAAGUCCAUUCCUCUCCUGCCCAGUCUCAUGCUUUGACGGCAAAGAUGAUAUUCCUCAUGAUUUACAAGCAUGGAAAGACAUCACAACAGGAGACUUCCUCGUCAGGAUGCUUGAUGGGUCGCAUUUCUACCUCAAGGAUCCUGGAAAUGAACAAAUAAUAUUAGACUAUAUUACGAAACAUCUCGAAACAUCUGAAAUGGACUAUUUGUGAAGAAAUAUGUCUUUAUUUACUGUAUAUAGAAUACAUAUCAUUUGUCCAAAUGUUGCUAAGAAAAACACUUGAAAUAAUUUUGCAAGGAGAUAUAAUUGUAAUGAAGAGGGAAAAAAAUGAAGUAAAAAAAAAAAAAAAAGGCAAAGCCACGUAUUUUGGUCCAAGUGCAUUUAUUGUGAUCUCUUCUCUGAGUCAGCCUUCUCAAGUGGUGUCGGCCAACACAUUCAGAUCCAGUCUGAAAGUUUACUCAAGUGCUUUGUUUUUAGUUGUGCCUAACUCCCAACAACUAGAUUGCGGUGAGCGAAAAAUGCUAAGUGGCUAGAAAGCCGCAGAAGUUCAUGUCAAGCCCUGCUCAUCACUCUCAGUUGGAAGGUGGUGAAGAUGCUGGUGGUGGUGGCGGCGGCGGAGUUACUGGUGGCUGGAGCUCUUCGUCGCUACUGUCUUCCCCGGCUGCUGCUUCAGCCUGCACGAUGGAGUCCGUGGAUUGCGACAGGCUUCGCUUGCUAUUGGGCGUACACGGCAAUCUCUCCCGGGCCCUCUCCGAGGGGGCUGCUAUGUUGCUGUCAGCCUCCGUCUCUGACAACCAUGGAGGAGCCAGCGUUGAUUCUGCCGGGUCCAUUUGCAUCAGGAAGGAGAAGCCGAUGGAUGGAAUCUACCUUCUGCUUUACGGAGGACUUUCAUGGACUUCGCUACCUGUUUCCUGCCUUUGUACAAGUGUUGCUGCAGCAGGUGGUGACUGAUGUCUUCCGUUUGCUUCGCACCCUUGAAAGACUGAUCGUGCAUUUCCAAGCUCACCGAAGGCCAAGGCUCUCGUCUACUCGGGUAAAAUGAUCAAAAAUGGCCACUCAAUUAUCUCGACCCGUUGAAAUGAUUGACUUACCCCAAAGAGGACACUGCGCGGUGAUUGUCCACCAUAAUGUCAGGCAUCGCUUCCGAGGAUCUUUGCGCAAACCUUUUCUCGAGUUCAAUCACUCCAGAUUGAUUCCGGAUCAGUCCCAAAGAACCGUUGCGUUCGCCCUGCAUCCAAUUAUAGCGUUUAGAACGAUUAAGAAGAUAUUUUACCGUGUGCGGUAGGUACCAACCUCGGCCACAUAACUUAUAGCAUCCUUGAGAUUGAGCCGAUGAAAAACUUUGAAAACGUAAUCUUGAUUCUUCCUCGCCGACGGCUUCAUCAAAAUGGGCGCCACCCACUUGUUUUCAAAAUGAUUCCACCUGCGCAGUAAAUAACGCUUAGAGCACCAUUCAAACCCCAAUUUAAAAAAAAAAAAAAAUGAUGUCACAUACUUAUCCAUCAUGUAGUUGUGACCAAAUUGCCCGGCGAUAUCUUCAAUUGCAACAAGCAUGUGUUCGAAGACCUAAUUGAACAACAGGAUUGUGUUUUAAUUGUGUAAAUACACUUUUUUUUUUUAAACCCUCACCUUAUUCUGCACCGUUUCGAUGAGCGUGUGCUCAGCAUCCGAAGCUUUCUUUACUUUCAGCCAAGCGACAAGAGGUUUCAGCGUCAAUCCCUGCAAAUUAAAUACUGAGCCACAUCAACCAAUCUAAAAUCCUCUUAAGAAAACAAAAACCUACCUGAAGGAUAACCGUGACAUAAACUACAAUGAGAGUCGUGGAGACCAAUAAAUCUUUCUCCUUAAUCGUGUUUUUAUCCAGCAUCAUUGCCAGGCCAUAAGCAACUGCCCCUCGCAGGCCACCGUAGCUCAUAAUAAUCUGAUCAAUGAACUCCAAAGGAACCAGCCGGAAUUUGUUCAUGAUCCAGGUU